AUGGUUUUACUCGACGGGAAAGAAGUCAUCACAGAGGAAGAGAAGCGACUAAGGGAAGACCGCGAGAGAACAAAGUAUUGGAAGCGUUGGGGACCGUACGUGGCAGAGAGACAAUGGGCCACAGUCAGAGAGGAUUACAGUGAAGAUGGCGACGCUUGGAGCUACUUCACUCAUGAUCACGCAAGAUCGAGAACGUUCCGCUGGGGCGAAGAUGGAAUCGCCGGUGUAUCUGAUACACACGGCAUACAGAACAUUGCCUUUGCAUUCUGGAAUGGCGAAGACGACUUCCUAAAGGAACGCCUGUUCGGUUUGUCGAACCCUCAGGGUAAUCAUGGCGAGAGUGUCAAGGAGGCACAUUUCCAUGUGGACAACACCCCGACGCAUUCCUACAUGAAAUUCCUCUACAAGUACCCCCAGAGAAAGUUCCCCUAUCAAGACCUUGUCGAUGAGAACGCCAAGCGCUCACGCUUGGAGAAAGAGUAUCAGAUCCUGGAUACCGGUAUCUUCGAUGAGAACCGCUACUGGGAUAUCUACAUCGAGACUGCCAAGGAUGCUGACGACGAGGAAGAAUUGAACUUCCGUGUCAUUGCGUAUAACCGUGGCCCCGAGCCGGCUCAUCUACACAUCGUCCCCCAUGUCUGGUUCCGAAACACGUGGGCCUGGGGUGAUGAAAAGAAGACGGAAAGACCAUCGAUCAAAAAAGAGGGUCCGUUGGUAGCCAAAUCAAAGCACAGCAAAAUUGGCGAGCGAUAUGUCUCUUUUGCACCAUCACCUCCAGUGGGAUCUAGCGAUGAAGAUAUCCAGCCUCAGAUGAUGUUCACCGAGAACGAGACCAACAACAAGUUGCUAUGGGAUACCGAGAACACCACACCCUAUGUCAAAGACGCAUUCCACCGCCAUAUCGUCGAAGAAGAGAAGGACGCAAUCAACCCAGAUAAUGAAGGUACCAAGUUCGCUGCCUGGUACGCCUUCAACAACGGCGAGGGAGUUCCUCCCGGCGAAUGUGCCGUGGUCCGUUUCAAGGUGUCCCGUAAGAAGGAAGAAUUCGUCGACGAAGAAGUUCUGGACGAUGUGGUUGAACAACGCCGUGCUGAUGCGGAUGACUUCUACUAUCACCUCAACCCUCUCCCCAUGAGCGAUGAUCUCCGCAACAUCCAGCGUCAAGCCUUCUCCGGAAUGAUGUGGUGCAAGCAGUACUACAACUUCGUCUGGGAUCAAUGGGCCAACGGUGACCCCGCUGAAAUUCCUCCUCCGCCAGGCCGAAAGGGCAUUCGUAAUGAGCAGUGGCGUCAUCUGUACAUUGACGAUAUCCUGUCCAUGCCGGACUCUUGGGAGUACCCAUUUUUUGCUGCGUGGGACACUGCAUUCCACUGUAUCCCACUGGCCAUGAUGGAUCCCGAUUUCGCAAAGAAGCAACUUGACCUCCUCACCCGUGAGUGGUACAUGCACCCGAACGGUCAGCUGCCUGCGUACGAGUGGAACUUUGGCGAUGUGAAUCCUCCUGUGCACGCAUGGGCUGUGUUCCGCACGUUCAAGAUUGAGCGCAAGAUGUACGGACGACAGGAUUUGGACUUCCUGGAACGUGUCUUCCAGAAAUUGCUGCUCAACUUCACCUGGUGGGUGAACCGCAAGGACUCUGGUGGCAAGAAUGUGUUUGAGGGUGGCUUUUUGGGACUCGAUAACAUCGGUCUGUUCAACCGCUCGGAGCCAUUGCCCACUGGCGGUGUCCUUGAGCAAGCGGACAGCACUGGCUGGAUGGCCUUCUACUGUCUGACCAUGCUCAACAUCGCUCUCGAGCUGGCCAAGCACCGUCGCAUAUAUGAAGACAUUGCAUCCAAGUUCUUCGAGCACUUCUUGCUCAUCAGUGAUGCAAUGACCUUCCGUUCCGGCGAUGACACUAUCCAGUCACUCUGGAACGAAGAAGAUAGCUUCUACUACGAUGCCAUCUCCUACGGCGGUCCAUGGACCCAGCAGCUACCCAUCAGAUCCCUCGUCGGUUUGAUCCCGCUGUACGCGGUUCUCACCCUAGAGCCCGAGCUCAUCAACCAAUUCCCCUCGUUCAAGCGACGCGUGGACUGGUUCAUCGAGAACAAGCCAGACAUCGCCGAGCGCAACAUCGCCAGCAUGAAGAACCGCGGCAAAGACGACCGACUCCUCCUCGCCCUCGUCAGCAAAGACCGUCUCAUCAAGAUCCUCGAGCGAAUGCUCGACGAAACAGAGUUCCUCUCUGAGCACGGUAUCCGCUCCAUGUCUAAGUUCCACCAAGACAACCCCUACUCCAUGGACGUCAACGGCCAAACCUUUAAAGUUGGCUACGUCCCCGGUGACUCCGACUCCUCCCUCUUCGGCGGCAACAGCAACUGGCGCGGCCCUAUCUGGCUCUGUGUCAACUUCCUCCUCGUCGAGUCCCUCCUCCGCUUCCACAUGUUCUACGGCGACACCCUUCAAGUAGAGUGUCCCAGGGGCUCAGGUGACUACAUGCACCUCGGACACGUAGCAGAAGAACUCCAGCACCGCAUGCAACACCUCUUCGCGCGCAACGACGAAGGCCGCCGCGCCGUCAACGCCGGCUCAGACCUCCUCGAUUUCGACGAGCACUGGAAGGACAACCUCUGGUUCCACGAGUUCUUCGAUGGUGACAGCGGACGCGGACUGGGUACAUCGCACCAGUGUGGAUGGACAGGUCUAAUCGCCAAGAUCAUCCACGACACCGGUGUCAACUGUCGUUUACCACAGACACCGCGAUCACCCUUUGCCGCGGCAUCGCACUACUUCGACGACAUCUUCUCCCGUUCCGGUCGACCGCGUGGCUCCAGCCGUCCGUCUAUCCGUCGUUCAUCGACUACACGUUCCAUCGGGAACCGUAGUGAUUUCUACUCUGGUGAGGCUACGCCUGCUGCAACGGUGGAUGACGACGGCCAGAGUCGCGGUGCUAGUCGUGCAGGCAGUCGGAGGGGUAGUACUGCGGAUCCUGAUAACCAGGAUCAUGUGGACCACUAUGUGGAGAGUCAGUUGCAGCGGGUUCGCAGCUCUGCUUCAAUUGCUGCGUAUGAGGAUGAGUUUGAGACGAGGGCCGAUAGGGCUGAGAAGGAGAAUGGGCAGAAGUGA